GGCCACAGGACCUGCAGGACUUGCUUGGGGACGCAGAAAGCAGCGCGCGGGGGCAGACUGCUGCGCAUCGGCGGUGCGUAAAGACUCGUUUGUCUCCUGCAGACUCUGGGACGAAUCGCUGGAUGAUUAAGUAUCCACCCAGCACGGCAACUGAUAUCGCUAUUCGGUCCAUGAACUCUUUUUUUAUACAUUAGCAGAAAGCUGGUUAAGUGCCCAAACUGUGAGGAGUCAGGCAUGUCCGAGGGGAAGAGCGCGGAACACCGCAGCUUUGAGGAUUCAUCACAGACAACUCCUGCUGAGCGGAUGAUGCCGAAAAAAUGACUCGGGCUCUCCCCCUACUACUCGCUUACUUGUUGUCUUUGCUUCAUAGUAGCAGUGGAGCAGACUCAGAGGAGCGUCUCAUGAACUGGCUGCUGGGGAAGAAUCGCUACAAUCCGCUGAUCCGCCCGGCUGUCAACAGGAGCGCCAGAGUCACAGUGAAGCUGCAAGUGUCUCUGGCUCAGCUCAUCAGUGUGAAUGAAAGAGAGCAGAUCAUGACGACAAAUGUCUGGCUCACUCAGCACUGGGAGGAUUAUAGGUUAUCAUGGGACCCUGCUAAGUAUGAAGGGAUCGACAAGCUGCGUAUUCCCUCCAGACACAUCUGGCUCCCGGAUAUUGUUCUGUACAACAAUGCUGACGGUACCUAUGAGGUCACCGUCUUCACCAAUGCUAUAGUCCUCUUCAAUGGCAGUAUCAACUGGCUUCCUCCAGCCAUCUACAAAAGCGCCUGUAAGAUUGAAGUCAAGCACUUCCCCUUCGACCAGCAGAACUGCACCCUCAAGUUCCGCUCCUGGACGUACGACCACACGGAGAUAGACCUCAUCUUGAAGUCUGAGGUGGCCAGCAUGGAUGACUUCACACCCAGUGGGGAGUGGGAUAUCUUGGCGCUGCCUGGCAGACGAACUGUCAACCCUCUUGAUCCCACCUAUGUGGACCUCACCUAUGACUUCAUCAUCAAGAGGAAGCCGCUUUUCUACACCAUAAACCUGAUCAUUCCCUGUGUGUUGAUCACCUCUUUAGCUAUGAUGGUUUUUUACUUACCUUCAGAUUGUGGAGAGAAGAUGACCCUCUGCAUCUCCGUCCUUCUGGCUCUCACUGUGUUCCUGCUUUUAAUCUCAAAGAUUGUCCCCCCCACCUCGCUGGAUGUGCCCCUGAUCGGCAAGUACCUGAUGUUCACCAUGGUGCUGGUGACCUUCUCCAUCAUCACAAGCGUGUGUGUGCUCAACGUGCACCACCGCUCUCCCAGCACCCACACCAUGCCCUCCUGGGUGAAGCUGAUAUUUCUCGAUAAACUGCCCGCCUUACUCUUCAUGAGACGCCCUCACAAUAACUCAGCACGCCAGAGACUCCGCCAGCAGCGAUGUCUGAGGGCAAGGAGAGCCCUUUUGGGCGUGAGUUACCCAGUGGCAUCCAAAGCAGGUAUCACAAUGUCGUCUGCUGCUCUGCUGACCUCAGAGUCUGCCUUCUCCCCGCCAGGACACAAAAAUAUAGCUUCUUCACUGAGCCACAACACCUACAGGACAGGAGAGCUGCGUCACAAUGAUUACCUUCCAAACUGUUUCACUUCUUCACCAGACCUGCAGCAGAGCAGAAGCUCGGACUGGGCCGCUGAUGUCCAGGAGGCAGUAAACGGGGUUCGCUUUGUGGCUGAGCACAUGAUGGGAGACGAUGAUGAUCAAAGUGUGAUAGAGGAUUGGAAGUAUGUGGCCAUGGUGGUGGACCGGAUGUUCCUGUGGAUCUUUGUGACAGUGUGUGUCGUGGGAACGCUAGGAUUAUUCCUUCAGCCUGUCUUCCAGAGUCAGAUUAUUCCAAGUCAAGGGACGAGCUCAGAAACACCUCGCAUAUGAUGAGCAGCGUCAGCCAUGAUUCAAUUUAUUUACUUAAACAGUCUUAUGAGCAGAUGCGGGUCAGGAGUAGUUGCAGAGUAUAUGUGUUGUUAGUUUAAAGCCUGUGAUACAAUAUUGGUGCGCUGCAAAAGGAUUUAGUGUAACAUUGCCUGUGCCAAACCUCACCAAUAAGGCACCUGAAAGGGUUAAAGCAGACUGAAAAGUAAUUGAAAUCUUUCAUCAGGGGAACAGUAUGGAUGCUUGUGGAAAUGGAACCUGGAUGAAAUGUCUACUUAUAAUGACAACACAUGAUCUGCAGCAAUACAUCCCUCGACACCAUUUGAUAUAUUAAAAAAAUGUUGCAUCCCUUAAAGGGACUUAAUGUGACAUAAAGCGCUGAUGUUAUUUCCCCGUGUGCAGAACAGGGCUAUAGGUAUCAUACACUGAACUGAUUUAUCGUUGACCAUUGCAGAAAUACAGAAAUAUGCAAACGAUCUGUCAGCUGUCAGAUGAUGUUUGACUCCCCAUUUGUUUUCAAGUUAAAAUGUGAUGUGUGAUUAAAGAAUGGAUAAUAAAGGUAAA